CUGCUAUUGCUGCGCUAGUCGCGUAAAUGAAAACUUUCGCAUUUUAAGGAACUUUAAAUUGCCGGGCAAAACUUUCUGUUGCUUGAAAAAUUAUUCGCCAUAGCAUAAAAAUUAAAAUUUAAGCUAGAGUAUUAUUUUAAUUAGUAGCUUAAAAAAAAUGUUACGUUUUUCCGAAUAUUUUUUGAAGUCACCUAUCAUUGGGAUUUUGAAAAAAAGAAUUCAGCCAAUUUCAUUUGUUACUAAAGUUGAUGAUUUCGAAGUUAAAAAUGAACCAAUUCUGCAGUAUUUGAAAGACAGCAAGGAGCGGAAAGAACUUUUUGAUGCUAUUGCAAAGUACAAAGAUUCUUGUGUUGAAAUUCCUAUUGUUGUUGGCAAUGAAGAAAUCCGAUCGGGCGAUGUUAAAUAUCAAGUUAUGCCCUCUGAUCAUGGAAAGAAAAUUGCAAAAUACUAUUGGGCUGGUGCUGAUGUAAUUCAAAAAGCAAUAUCUGAGAGUCAGCGAAUUCGAGCUGAAUGGGAAGCUACUCCCCUUUCAGAACGUAUCAAGCUGUUUUUAAAAGCUGCAGAUUUGGUUAGUGGAAAGUAUCGAAUGGAUCUCAAUGCUACUACAAUGUUGGGUCAAGCCAAGAAUAUCAUGCAGGCUGAAAUAGAUGCUGCCGCAGAGUUAGCAGACUUUUUUAGAUAUAAUGCAUAUUUUGCUAAAGAAUUGAGCAAAUAUCAGCCUUUAAGUCCAGAUCCAAAUGUUACCAAAAAUUUGUUUCGCUUUCGAGGCCUAGAGGGGUUUAUUGCAUCAAUUUCACCUUUUAAUUUCACAGCCAUUGGGGGGAAUCUUGCUUCUGGCCCCACCUUGAUGGGAAAUGUGGUACUUUGGAAGCCAUCUGAUACUGCUCUUCUCUCUAACUAUACUAUUUUUAAGCUGCUCAGAGAGGCGGGUUUUCCUCCUGGUGUUAUAAAUUUUAUUCCAUCUGAUGGUCCAGUUUUUGGUGAAGUUGUCACAACAUCACCUCAUCUUGCUGGAAUAAAUUUUACUGGUAGUUUAAGGACUUUCAGAUUAUUAUGGAAGUUAACAGCACACUGCAUUGAUACUUACAGAAAUUUUCCUCGUCUUGUUGGAGAAUGUGGAGGGAAGAACUUCCAUUUUGUUCAUAAAUCUGCUGAUAUUCAGACAGUUGUGUCUUCCUCAAUAAGGUCUGCAUUCGAAUAUAGCGGUCAGAAAUGUUCUGCCUUAGAUAGAAUGUAUGUUCCUGAAAGUUUAUGGCCUCAGAUUAAGAAAGGGCUCCUUGAGAUACGGGAUCAGAUCAAAGUAGGUUCUCCUCUGGAUCCUGAAACUUUUGUAUCAGCAGUCAUUGAUGACAGAGCAUUUAAGAAGAUUAAAAGUUUCAUUGAUCAUGCUAAGUCUUCCUCAGAUUUGACCAUAUUGGCUGGUGGGACUUGUGAUGACAGUAAAGGAUAUUUUAUAGAACCAACAAUUAUUGAGACAAAAAAUCCACUUGAUUUAAUAAUGCAAGAAGAGAUCUUUGGUCCAUUAUUGGUUGUCUAUGUUUAUAAGGAUGCUGCUGUGCAGGAAGCUUUAGAACUUGUAAGAAUAAAUCAGUAUGCUUUAACUGGUGCCAUCUUUGCUCAAGACAGGGACUUCAUAGCUCAUGCUUCUGAAUUCUUAAAAAUGACUGCUGGUAACUUUUACAUCAAUGACAAGUCAACUGGUUCUGUUGUAGGACAACAGCCGUUUGGUGGUGGUCGUCUCUCAGGAACUAAUGAUAAAGCAGGCGGUCCUCACUAUAUGCUGCGAUGGACAUCUCCACAAACUGUUAAAGAAACACUUGUUCCUUUGUCUGAAUGGAAAUACCCAUACAUGUCUGCAUAAUUUCUUUCCAGUGUACCUUAAAGGAAGUCUUCCACUGAUUUUAAAAAAAAAAAAAAAAAUGUACUAUUUUGUAAUAUGCAACACUUUAAGAUUGUACUGCCUGCAAGUUUCUUAAAAAAUAGGUGUAUAUUAUUGCUUUGAUAGCAAAUUAUGAUUAAUUUCAUACACAUUCAUUUUAGAGCAAAUUAUUCACUUUCAAAAUUUUCUGGUUAAAAGCAAUCUGAAAAUGUACUUUUUGUGUCCUUAUGAGUGUUAAUAUCUUGUGCACAAUAAUUUUGAAUCAAAAAACAUAUUUUAAUAUACAGAAACAAAUGUUCAUGUUGUUCAGUAGAAUGUUUCUAUUUUUAAAUUAGUAACUUAAAAUUAUCCUUAUCAAUGAAUAAAUUAUCCCAUAUAUUUGACAUAAAAUAGCAGAACUUGAAGCAGCACUUUUUUAACUGUUAAUGCUGUGUUGUUUAUGGCAAAAGCUGGCAAUUAAAAAAUUAAAUUUUUCCCUUGGAUAAAAAUUUAUAGAUUUUUUGCAUGAAUUUGCAAAAACUUUGUUUACUAUAAUUUUUAGAAUUUAAGAUCUGCAGGUUGUAAUUAUGAGUUUUUAAGUUUAAAAUUAUAUAUUCCUACAAAAUGAAUUUAAAACUCAGUUGAAUAUUAAAUCUAAGUUCAUAUUGCCUUCCCAUGUAUUUUACAAAAGCACUUCUGGUUGAGGGGGCAAAAAAAGAGGGUGGAUUUUAUUUAUGUGCCUAAACUUAUGUACCUAUAUAUCCAACUUUUAAUAAAUAUUUCUAAUUAUUUUUCUUACAUAAUUUUUAAAAUUAAAUAUGUAGUAGUGUUUUUUUACAGUAAUGUAAGUAAACACUAGUACAUAUUUAAUUUCAAAGUACACUUACUUUUAAAGUACUUACUUGUAAAAGUACAGGUUCUUUAAGUCUUGUAUGGUGUUUUUCAAUUUUGUUACUUUUUAAUGUAUCUAUUUACUAUAAACAAUUGUACUGUCAUUGUUAUAAAAUAUAAUUAAGGCUGCUUUUUAUCUAUUUUUUUCAUUAUAAAUUAUCCAAGUAAAAGUAAACUAGUCAGUUUUUUCAUUGUGUUCCUUUUUUUUUACUCUAUUACAUAGUUUGCAUGCUGGUAUUUUUUAUAUUUGCAUUUAUGAAUGAAACUACAAGGCAUUUGCUGGUGAAAAUGCAUUUUGUUUUUCAUUCACUUAAAUUUAUCUGAUCAUUCUGAGUUCAGAUUGCAAAAAUUUUUAAGCAUUUAUUUUUAUAUAUUGUUGCUUUUAUUAUACUGUAUAUUUGGACAAUAAUUGUUCGUAUCAGCUGAUAAUUUUUGGUUACAAAAAACUAGUUUUAUAUUGUUAAUGCAAUCUUUUUCAAACUAUUAGUGUAAUAGGCAUAAAGUGCAGCUUACUGUUUCCUUAAUUUUUUUGUACCACUGUGAUGUAUUGAAAAAAAAAAUGGAAUUUGUAAAUUUCAAAUUCAAGCAUUUGCCCAGUGAGUUUUCUUUUGAACAACAUUGAUUAUUUGUUAUUGAGUUAUUUGUUGGAUAAUUUUAUUUCAGUUGUUAUGUAUUCUGUUCAGAGCCAUGUUUUUCAACAAAUUAUAAGUAAAAAAUAGAAUGUAGCAUGUCCUAUGAUAAAGUGUUGGUAAAGAAAAUUUUAAUUUGUAGUAUUUAAUUUAAAACUAAUUAACUGAUUAGUAGAAUUGUUAUUAGUAAGCUUUAAUUUUCUAUAAAAUUAUUUUUCUCCCUAUAUUGUUUUACCAUCUGCAUACAUCAGUACCUAAUUUUUCUUAGUUCCAGUUUGUAAUCUCCAUUUACAUUAAUGUUGUAUGAAUUAAAAGUGGAGAAAAAAUUUACUUCUGAUAGAAGUGCCAAAUGGUAUAUGUGUGUUAUUCAACAUGAUCUAAAUUGCAAUAAAAUUCAAACAUUGCAAAAA